AUGGGUAAACAAGCACAAAACAACAACGCUGCUAACAGAGGUAUGCAUGCUGCUCAACAAUCAAACAACGCUGCUAAUAGAUCAAUGGAAGCUGCUGUUCAUGGUAAUAAAGGUGCUUCUGGUAAUAGUGCUAUGCAACAUCAAAUGACUUCCAAUAAUGCUUCAAACAGGGGAAUGCAAGGUGCAAUGGAAUCAAACAAUGCCGCUAACAGAACUUCUCAUCAAGGUUGA